AUGUCGAGCGCAACUCUGCCCACAUUACAGCCCUCGCACGAGCCGUCGACGAGGAGCAAAGCCUCCACGCUCCGCGACGACGACGUGUCCUUGCCCAACGAAGACGGCCUCAUCCUCGACCCCAAUGGCGGCGUACCCAAGCUUCGGUCUGCUCUCCAAGAUGCACGCGAUUCGACCGGUGCAGCCAAGACCAUCCUUCUCUCGCUCGGUUGGCUCGACCGGCUCCUUUCCCUCUUCAUUAUCCUCGCCAUGAUCCUCGGCGUCAUCAUCGGCAAAUUCGCCCCCAACGUCCAGUCGAAUUUGGCCAAGGGCAACUUCCGCGGUGUCUCCGCCCCACUCGUCGUCGGACUCAUCGUCAUGAUGUGGCCCAUCUUGACAAAGGUGCAGUACGAAAGGCUGCCACAGAUGUUUGCAACGAAACGAUUGUGGUACCAGCUAGGCAUGUCGUUGGUGCUCAACUGGCUCCUGGGUCCCUUCCUCAUGCUCGGGCUGGCCUGGGCAACACUGCCAGACCUAGACGAUUACAGGGUGGGCGUCAUCAUGGUCGGUCUCGCUCGCUGCAUCGCCAUGGUCAUGAUCUGGAACAAAAUCGCUCGGGGUGACUCCAACACCUGCGCCAUCAUCGUCAUUGUCAACUCCUUGCUCCAGAUCGUGCUGUAUGCGCCUCUGGCGGUGCUCUUCAUCAACGUGAUCAGCAACGACGACGGGUUUCGAUUGGAUUAUUCCGAUGUGGCCAUCGCCGUGGCUGUCUACCUUGGCAUCCCGCUCGCUGCAGGAGUAGUGACACGACUCCUCGUACUCGGUCUCGCCGGCCAGGACUUCUUUCAGAGGAAAUUCCUGCCCUUCUUCAGCCCUCUCUCCCUACUAGCACUGCUAUACACCAUCAUCAUCAUCUUUGCUGAACAAGCCCAGCACAUUCUCGAUAACCUCGGCCCGGUAUUCCGCACCUUCGUACCGCUGGUGCUCUACUUUGCGCUCAUGUGGACGGGAUCCUUCGCGCUCAUCUGGUGGCUGUCGGUGCGGUACGGCAAGACCGAGUGGGGGUACCAGAUGGCCGUGGUGCAGGCGUUUACUGCGGGGAGCAACAAUUUCGAGUUGGCCAUCGCCGUGUGCGUGGCCGUGUUUGGCGUUGGGUCGGACCAGGCGUUGGCUGCGACGAUUGGGCCGUUGGUCGAGGUGCCCGUGCUGCUCGUGUUGAGCUGGGUGGCCAUGUUUGUAGGGAAAAGGUUGAGGUGGGAUAGCGGGUUGGAGGCGAGCCAGAGGGAGAGCAGGAAGAGGAGAGAGGCCGAGAAGGCGGAUCUGGAAAGGUAG